AUGCCAUAUUUUUGGUGUUUAUUUUGGUUUGGAUUAUUAACUAUUUCACAGCCAUAUUCAAUUCAUAAUUUUAUCAUUCAUGAAACACGUUCCGGAACUUUACUUGAAUUUGUUCGGCUUAACAAUGCGACAAUUUACAAUGACAUCACAAAUGCAACAUCAUCAGUUACCGUAAUACUGCUUACCAAUAAUCCAUCUCAAAAUUUUGUUCAACUUAAAUCUCUCUUACCUGCUAAGGUAAAGUAUAUUAAUGAUCGAAGAACAGCACGUGAAGUGAAAACAGCGCAAGUUCACGUUCUCAUACAACCAACACAUUCUACCACAUUACCUGGCUUCAUCAAAUUUAUGACACCGAUUAAAAAAAUGAAUUCAAGUGAUAUAGUAAAAUUUGUUAUGCUUUCGAUGGAAAUUGAAAAAUUCAUCAUAUCACCAAAUAUUGAUAAAAUACUUUGCUUCCCGAAUCAACAAGUGAUACUUAUGAAUACCAUGUUAGGCAAUUAUCAAUCGUUUACGAUGUAUGUGGCAAAUUGGAAUGAAUCUAAAAAUGUUGAAAAUUUAAUCAAUGAAUUAAAUGAUAAGCAUGGAAAUAACACUGAUAAUAAUGGCAUAACACGAAUGGUCGCCAAAGAAUUGCUAAAUCCAAUUCGUUGUGAUUUAUUAUUCCAUGGUGUUAUCAAUAUUGAUGUUUAA